AUGGACGAAUAUAAUUUUUUACAAGAAUUAUCAAAUGAUUUAGGAGAAUUAUUCUCUAGCGGAAAUAAUUGUGAUGUAAUCAUUCAAGCUGAAGAGAAUGACAAUAAAAAAGAAUUUUAUACACAUUCUUUAAUAUUAUGUUCAAGAUCGACUUAUUUUAAAGCCGCGUUAUCAAAGAAUUGGAUACAUAAUGAAAAUGGAAUGAUCAUUUUUAAGAAACCGAACAUUUCACCCGAAAUUAUGAAUCAUCUAUUAAAGUAUCUUUAUAGUGGAAUUAUUGAAUUGGAUAAACAAAGAGGAGUAAACGUAUUCAAACUUUUUAUAGCAUCAGAUGAAUUAGGUAUUAAAAAAUUAAGUGAUUAUAUUUUAAAUUAUAUAAUUGAAAAAUAUGAAAUUUAUAUAAAAGAGGAUCCAAUUGAUAUUUUACAAAUUAUAUUUAAAUAUGAACAUUUUAAUUCAUUAAGAAAUAAUUGUUUAGAAUUUAUAAGUGAAAAUCCAAAGAUUUUUUUUGAAUCAACAAAAUUCUUAUCAAUUGAAAAAUCUAUUUUAAUUAAAUUAAUUCAAAGGGAUGAUCUUGAAAUACAUGAUGAAUAUGAAAUUUGGAAUUAUAUAUUAAAAUGGGGUAUUGAAAGAAUGUCAUCAUCAUUAACAACAACAGAAAAUAAUAAUAAUCAUCAUAAUAAUAUUGAUAAUAAUAAUAUUGAUAUAAAUAAUUUUUCUAAUUGGAAUUUAGAAAAUUUUUUUGAAUUAAAAAAUAUUUUACAUGAUUUUUUAUUACAUAUUAGAUGGUUUCAAAUUUCUUCAAAAAUUUUUUAUCAACAAAUAAGUCCUUUUAAACCAAUUUUUCCUGAUUAUCUUUAUAAAGAUAUAAUUACAAAAAAUUUUAAAUAUUUUUCAUUAAAACCAAGAAAAUCUAUUUAUUGUAAUUCAAAAAUUAUAACAAAAUUUCAUUUACCUAUAUUUUCUAGUUGGAUUGAUUAUAAAGAAAAAAAUUUUUAUAAUAUUAAAACAAUGCCUUAUCAUUUUGAAUUAUUAUAUAGAGCAAGUAGGGAUGGAUUCUCUUCAACAAAUUUUCAUAAUUUAUGUGAUAAUAAAGGUUCAACUAUAAUAAUAUGUAAAUUAAAAGAUAAUGGAACAAUUAUUGGUGGUUAUAAUCCUAAUAGUUGGAAUUGUAAUGAUAAUGAAUUUUUAGUUAAAUCUGAAGAUAGUUAUUUAUUUUAUUUUAAUAAUAAUAUUAUCUUAGAUGAUGAUUUUGAUAAAUCUUUUACUGAUGAUGAUGAUGAACCUAUUAUUGCAAGAUUAGCAAAUAAAAAUUAUGAUAAGUAUCUUUAUAAUUCAAAUUAUGGUCCUACUUUUGGUACUGGAUUUGAUUUAAUUAUUGAAAAUGAUAUUAUUAAAUGUGAUAAUAUUACUUCUUAUCCAAAACUUCUUGCUUUCAUUAAUCCUAGACAAAUUUAUUUUUUGGAAGAUUAUGAAGUUUAUAAAGUAACAAAGUAA